UUACAACAACAAAUUCAGUCAAUUAAGAUUACUCGAUAAUGAACCAGUUGGAAUUAUUUUUAGAUUUAAAAUAAAUUCUCUCUGCUUGCUUCCAAUCCCGUUAAUGAUAAUCUUUGUUCAUUAAAUUAAAAUGCGCGUAUGCCACGGAUCGAACAAUUCUGAUUCUCGGUUGGAUGCAUCUCGAGGAAGUGUUCCUCCGUUUCCUGAAUGCAGUUCUUCGAUCACUUGUGCGCGGUAUCGUGAGAGGUUAAGUACCAACUUCUCGUGCAUCGCGUGCCAGACAAACUCCUCAUCGAUCGAUUACUCGGUACAGUAGAAAUUCUUACGCACGUCUCGCAUGAUAACAAGCGCAAACACUGUGGUGUUGAUUGUUUGGUGAAAAGCAGAAAAGUGAAAAGAAACUAUGCGAAAACGCAGCUACCCUGCACGUUGGGCGGAGUUUCUCGGAACAUUUUUAUGGAGACGAUUCGCCUCGCUAAUUUCAGCUGCAUGUAUAUAAACGUUAGAUUUGUUACGAUCGCGAGCAGAGAUUGUCCGUUUCUCAAAGCUUCGAAGAGGUUAAAUUUUCUCAUUUCAUCCAGAAUGAAACGAACGUUUUUGUAUGCUAUUGCUUUAUUGGCUUUGCUCUCGCUGCUACAACAACCAAUCGAAUCGAAGAAGGUGAUCAUCCAUGUUCCUUAUCGGGUGAAGAACGUGAAGCACGUACACACGAUUUACAAAAUCAUCCCGCAUUAUCGCGAGGACAAGAAGGAAGAUUUCGAGGAGGACGAGAAAUAUGAAAUUUACUAGAAAUAAUUUUAAUUAUAACUAGAUAAUAUUGCGCUUAAUAUAAAAUUCAACCCAA